AAAAGUACAAAGAGAGUGGAAAGACCAUAGUAGAAUGAAGUUCCUUCAUGGUAAAAGAUUUUGCAGGAUUUCUGCACUUAAGCACUUGUCUUCAGUUUUUAAAUUUUAUUAUGUUAAAGCUAGUAAAUGCCAACUGAUCUACUUCUCCGGGGAACGUUUCAAACUCACCUGGCUCUUUCCUUGUCCUUAGAUGACAGCGCCUCUGCUGCAAGUAGCAUGGAGGUGACAGACCGCAUUGCUUCACUGGAACAGCGAGUCCAGAUGCAGGAAGAUGACAUCCAGCUGCUCAAAUCAGCUCUGGCUGACGUGGUUCGGCGGCUGAACAUCACCGAGGAACAGCAGGCCGUCCUUAACAGGAAAGGACCGACCAAAGCAAGACCUCUGGUGCAGACCCUGCCUUUAAGAACCACUGUCAACAACGGCACUGUGUUACCAAAGAAACCAAGUGGCUCUCUGCCAUCCCCCUCUGGGGCCAGGAAAGAGACUGCUGUGCCGGCAACCAAAAGAUUAAACAGGUCUGUGAGCCUUCUCAAUGCAUGCAAACUGAAUAGAUCAACACCAAGUACCAUCAAAAGGACCAGCUCUUCUGAACGAGUCUCUCCUGGCGGUCGAAGGGAGAGCUAUGGGGACUCCAAAGGAAACCGCAAUCGAACGGGAUCCACCAGCAGUUCUUCUAGUGGCAAAAAGAACAGUGAAAGCAAACCCAAGGAACCCGUGUUCAGCUCAGAAGAAGGAUAUGUAAAAAUGUUUCUCCGUGGACGCCCUGUUACCAUGUACAUGCCCAAAGAUCAAGUGGAUUCUUAUAAUUUGGAAACGAAAGUCGAGCUACCAACCAAGAGACUGAGACUGGAAUGGGUCUACGGGUACAGGGGUCGAGACUGUCGCAACAACCUCUACCUGCUUCCGACGGGCGAGACCGUGUAUUUUAUCGCCUCGGUGGUGGUCUUGUACAACGUGGACGAGCAGCUUCAGAGGCAUUAUGCUGGCCACAACGAUGACGUCAAGUGCCUAGCAGUUCAUCCUGAUAGGAUCACCAUAGCAACAGGACAAGUUGCAGGUACAUCUAAGGAUGGAAAACAACUACCACCCCACGUACGCAUCUGGGAUUCCGUGACGCUGAAUACGCUGCAUGUCAUCGGAAUCGGGUUUUUUGACCGAGCUGUCACCUGUAUUGCAUUCUCAAAAUCUAACGGAGGAAGCAACCUGUGUGCCGUGGACGACUCCAACGACCACGUGCUGUCUGUGUGGGACUGGCAGAAGGAGGAAAGGCUGGCCGAAGUGAAGUGUUCUAACGAAGCCGUGUUUGCCGUGGAUUUCCACCCCACGGACACCAACAUAAUAGUUACCUGUGGAAAAUCACAUCUCUACUUUUGGACACUAGAAGGAAGCUCUCUUAUUAAGAAGCAAGGAUUAUUCGAGAAACAAGAAAAGCCAAAGUUUGUCCUCUGCGUGACUUUCUCUGAAAAUGGUGACACCAUUACUGGAGAUUCGAGUGGCAACAUCUUAGUCUGGGGAAAAGGUACGAAUCGAAUAAGCUAUGCAGUUCAAGGGGCCCACGAGGGUGGUAUUUUUGCACUUUGUAUAUUAAGGGAUGGCACCCUGGUGUCAGGAGGAGGGAAAGACCGGAAACUCAUUUCUUGGAAUGGAAACUAUCAAAAACUUCACAAGACUGAGAUUCCAGAACAGUUCGGUCCAAUACGGACAGUGGCUGAAGGCAAAGGGGAUGUGAUCCUGAUCGGCACAACUAGGAAUUUUGUUCUCCAGGGCACCCUGACCGGGGACUUCGUGCCCAUCACUCAGGGUCACACCGAUGAGCUCUGGGGACUUGCCAUCCACGCCUCCAAGCCUCAGUUCUUGACCUGUGGACACGACAGGCGUGCCACCCUCUGGGACGCUGUCGGCCACCGGCCCGUCUGGGACAAGGUCAUUGAGGAUCCAGCUCAGUCUUCUGGUUUUCAUCCUUCAGGGUCUGUGGUUGCAGUUGGAACACUGACUGGAAGGUGGUUUGUGUUUGACACAGAAACAAAAGACUUGGUCACCGUUCACACGGAUGGAAACGAGCAGCUCUCUGUGAUGCGUUACUCUCCAGAUGGGAAUUUCCUGGCCAUCGGCUCUCACGACAACUCUAUCUAUAUCUACGGAGUCAGUGACAACGGCAGGAAGUACACUCGAGUCGGCAAGUGCUCAGGUCAUUCCAGCUUCAUCACUCACUUGGACUGGUCAGUAAACUCACAGUUCCUCGUGUCAAAUUCAGGAGACUAUGAAAUCCUUUACUGGGUUCCCUCUGUGUGUAAGCAGGUUGUAAGUGUGGAAACGACGAGAGACAUUGAAUGGGCUACAUACACCUGCACUUUGGGGUUCCAUGUCUUUGGAGUGUGGCCAGAAGGUUCAGACGGAACAGACAUCAACGCUGUCUGCCGGGCCCACGAGAAGAAGCUCCUGUCGACCGGAGACGACUUUGGCAAAGUGCACCUCUUCUCUUACCCCUGCUCCCAGUUCAGGGCACCAAGCCACGUGUACGGGGGGCACAGCAGUCAUGUCACCAACGUGGAUUUUCUGCAUGCAGACAGCCACCUCAUCUCCACGGGUGGCAAGGACACCAGCAUCAUGCAGUGGCGGGUCGUUUAGUCCCCACUGGGCCGCGGGGGCAGGAGGUUUGGGGGCUCACGGCACCCCACGCCCGAACACGGACUCGCAUUAUGCUUUGGUCACUGUGAUUUCUGUUUCGUUUUAAAAAUUCUUACAAACCUCAGGAAAAAAGAUGCCCUCUACCGGUUACCUUAGCCUAGAGAAUCAUGGGUGUCACGUCAGAUAGUUUGUUUUCUCUUUGGUUGUACAGUAUAUAAUACAGUGCACAUUUAAUAUAAAAAGACACCAAGGUUUACAUUACGGUGACAUCAACAGAAGUAACUGGUAUGUACUUGGUAACUUUUCUAUGAACUCUGCAAAAAUGGUCACAGAAUGCCUUUUAAAAUAUUGUGUAUAGUCUUCACUGUUUCGCAGUAGCUUGCUGAGUUACAUAUUUAUGACACUGGUGAGGUACUGAAUCGUGGUCGCUGGUGAUUAAUGGGUCCCGAAGAUGAACCGAUAGAGAAGGAGCCCGUAACCGAUUGGCUGCCCCGGGAAAUGCAAGACUGAGGCUCUGUUUGGUUACGUUUUCUGAGGUGUCAGUACACACUCCUUCUGGGAGGCUGGUGAGGAAGGGGUGGCUGUAGGCGUCUUGUGUUAAGCAGUGCUGCCGCAGAUUAGCGGAGAUUUCAGCAGGGUGAACAGGCAUCAGGGGUCUGAGCUGGACAGUGCUGCCUAACCGAGUGCGGUCAGCCUCUUCACACAUGGGCCGCGUUCCCCUCUGCUCCCUGCUCACUGCCCGCUCAACAGCCAAGACAUGCAACCACCGUCCUCUGUAGAGUAAUUGGCAUGGUACCGUAUUGUAUAGAGUGUUAGCGAGUCAUAAGAAAUACGUAAGGCUAGGCUUUACUGUGCUAUGCUUAUGGACAUUGUAUAUUUGUAUUCUAAGACCAAGUAGACCAAGUCAGAAAGAUGUCUUUUAAGUGUACCAUAAACCUGCUAGGGGAGCAGCCCGGAACGGCUCCAGGAAGGGCGAAGGGCAGCUUCUCCCCCGGCCCUGGGUGCAGGCGGCUCUUUCCCGUGCGAAGCAAGGCUGUGUUCUGUUGAGUAAAACGUAGACGGCAUAAAUUUGUCAAGAAGGCCUUAUCCAUUUCGAUUGUGUGACAGAUUGAAAUUUAUUGUUUACAUUGGGGGAUGUAUCUCGGAUUUUAAAAUAGGAGAGUAAUAAGCAGACUUCAACACAAAUAUUAAGAUUUUUACUUGUUAGAGGCUGGCCGAUGAAUUCUCCAAGCUCUACAGCGCUGGUUGUGUGGAGCAGCUGACCUCCAGCCUGCGGCCAGAGGGCAGGAGAGCAGCCAACGACGUGUAUCCACGGUGGCUUUGUUCGUAUGUACCCUUACCACAUAUAUUCUAUGAUGAAAUAAAAUCUGAAAAGUGAAUUUCUUAUUGACCGAUAUUCAUGAAAGAAUAUA